AUGGAAGGACGUUUGAGGCUUUACAACUCUAUUACGAAGACAAUGGAGGACUUUGUGCCAGGGAAGGAUGGGGAAGUGAAGAUGUACAUAUGCGGUCCGACGGUGUAUGACUCGCCGCAUAUAGGGCAUGCAAGGACAUAUGUGAUGUUUGAUGUGAUUAGGCGAGUGCUGAGGGACUAUAUGAGGUACAAUGUGGAGUUUGUGAUGAACAUCACGGAUAUUGAUGACAAAAUCAUCAACAGGGCGAGAAGUCUAGGCGUACCGAUUGGGGAGAUUACGAAGAAGUAUACCGAGGAGUUUUUUGAUGACAUGAAGACAUUGAAUGUUGAGUAUCCGCUUGUUGUGACAUAUGUAACAGCAUAUGUUGAGAAGAUUGUGAGGUUUAUUGAGGAUCUUGAGCAAAACGGAUAUGCAUAUGAAAGUAACCGGAGUGUGUACUUUGAUUUGGCGAAGUACAAGGAGAAGCAUGAGUACCCGGUGAUGAGGAACUCUGAAGGAAUCAACUCUGAGGGGGAUGAUAACAGCGAUAAAAGGAAUGCAUGCGACUUUGCUCUGUGGAAGAGGGCGAAGGAGAAUGAGCUAGCAUAUGAAUCGAGGUGGGGAGAGGGAAGGCCUGGAUGGCACAUUGAAUGCAGUGUGAUGUCGAGCGAUGUGCUUGGAGAUAGCCUUGACAUACACGCGGGAGGGAUUGAUCUUGGGUUUCCACAUCAUGAGAAUGAAAUAGCGCAAUGCCAGGGGUAUUUUAUGAAGAAGCCGUGGACAAGGUGUUUUUUACACACUGGGCACCUGAAUAUCAACGGAAUGAAGAUGUCGAAGUCUCUCAAGAACUUUACGACGAUUAAGGAGAUGCUGGCAAGGGCAAGUGCACGGCAACUUAGGAUAAUGUUUCUGCAUUAUCAUUGGAACAAGGACAUGAACUAUGAAGAGGAGCAGUUGAGGUUUGCAGAAAGUGUUGAUAAGAAGAUCUCGAACUUCAUGUCGGUCACAGAAAGCGUUGGAAAAGGUCUGUGGCUGGCUACUGAGCUGAAUGAAGCAGGAAGAGAAACUAUUGCAGAGCUGAGGAGCACACAGAGAGCAGUGCAUGCUGCAAUACUAGACAACAUUGACACUCCGACAGUGAUGAGGAGGAUCAUGGAGAUAAUUAACUUUACAAACACUAGGAUGUGGGACGCGCCUGCAAGCGUCAUUAUAUCUGUCAGGAAGUAUGUUCGCGGUAUUUUGGAUGUGCUUGGGCUCUGUGAGGAGCAGAUUGAAACCUCUGCCAACGAGGAUUUAAUUGCACAGAUGAUCUGUGAGUUUAGGACAGAUGUAAGGCGAAUGGCUAGGCAGAAAGAGCAUCAUUCAAAGUUUCUCGAAAGAUGUGAUAAGGUCAGAGACGAUAUAAAGGAGCAUGGAUAUUUGAUUGAGGACAAGAAUUCCGAAUCCAUCUUGAGGAGGAAGUAG